AGCAACGUGCCGUAAGCAACAUAGAUUGUUUUCCAGCUGUCUCGGAUUGCUAACGCGCGCGCAGGCACAUAUGCUUUCGCCAAAGAGAGAAAAGAGGAUCGCACGAGUUUUGUUGUUGUUUUCUCGCCACCCUUUCCCAGCCGGCCUGGUGGCUUCGUGUUUUUCUGGAUCAACGCGAUCGCGUCCUCGAUCGAUCUUUUUGAGGAAAGGCGACAGAGCCUCGCAUGCAUGAGUUCGACGUCGUCGUCGAGCAGCGACGAAGUCGCCAAGGCCCAGAAUGCGACCGCGUCCGCCGGCAAGCCGACCAUAUUCUCGAAGAUCCUUGACGGCAGCAUACCGGCCGACGUAAUCUACAAGGACGACAAGUGCAUCGCCUUUCGAGAUGUGAACCCCCAGGCCCCUGUACACUUUCUGGUCAUCCCGAGGAAGCCACUGCCCAUGCUGGACUCGGCCACCGAUGAAGAUGUUCAGCUUCUGGGUCAUCUGAUGCUGACGGCCAAGAAGGUUGCGGCACAAGAAAAGCUUAAGGAAGGCUACAGGCUAGUGAUCAACAAUGGUAAGCAAGGCUGCCAGUCGGUCUACCACCUUCAUCUUCAUGUCCUUGGCGGCCGCCAGAUGGGCUGGCCACCAGGAUAACUGAACGAGACCGUGCCAAAGAAACAUGUUACAUUUUUGUCAUAAAUAAA